CAGGUACAUCAUCAACGUAACAGCAACUGACAACAACUGUUACGACUGUAAACCCUCCAAAGAAAAUCCUAAACACGUAGAGAAAGUGGAAGAAAAACCUCUGGAUCAAAACGGGAAAAUUAACCCAGCAGCAGCUAGUGAAACCAUGAAAGUUACGACCAACAUAGCCUCCACCAUGAACGAGUCUUCAGCAGUCUUGUCUGGAGGAGAAGGAGUCCAGGGCGUCAUCAAGAAAAUCACAGAGACUGAAGAAGUCUCCUUUGGUUAUAAUUCUCCAAAUGACCACUUGAGUAUCAUCAGUGACAGCUCUGUUCUGCAGAGCUUCACGAGAUCGGUCUCGGUGUCAAAAGAAGCGAUGGAUAAAGCUCGCAGCUCGAACCUCAGUGACCCGUUCGUAGCGAUUAUCAGAUUCACUAAUAUGGCUCAGGAUGAGAAGAGCAGCACUGUUUUAGGUGAUGAGGUUUUAGGCGUGGAAAUGGGAACCGUGAUCGAAAACCUCACAGACCCUAUAGGCAUCAAUUUUCUCAACAUGAUCUACGAAGGAACUCCAUCUUGUCAAUCAUGGAACGGUGACGGUAAGAUGCGCGUAGAAAUGUGCAAUGAUGACAUUUUGGAUAUGUCCACAUCCCCGGUAUUAAAAAAUUGA